UUUCAGGGACGGUGCUCACUAGGCAUCCUUAAAACCAUUAAUCCUUUAUAGGGAACGUAAGGAAAUGCCGCCGUGUUCAGCAGGUGGCGCUGGACGCUACCAUCAAAACAACAGUGCGAAGAAGAAUAGCUGACGUCAUCUUCAGGCGACAACAUGGAGGCAGCCGAUGAAGUGGUUGAGCUGGACGACCAGGAGAGCCGAAACGGUGCUUUUAAAAUGAAGGAGCGGCUACAGAAGCGACAUAAAGAGAGGCUAGAGGACGCCGAGCGGCGAAAAGAAGCCAAAGAGAACCUCUCGGUGGCCAGUGAGAGCGUCGAAUACUUUCUCAGCACGUUCAACGACCAGCGCUCUGCAAUCGAGGAGCUACUGUGCGGUUGUUUGGACGCUGAUCAAAAGGCGGCGGCUCGGAGGCUUGAGGAAGCUUCGAGUAAAACGGUACAGUUGCAAAAGUUCCUCAACGACAGCAUAAUGUUUUUGACUACGCACGACCGGCGGAAAGCCCAGGUGGCCAUCGAGAAGCUGCAGACGUCCCUUAACGAGACGAGAGAGAAAGUGCUUCCCAAGAAAAAAUUCGGCUUCCGGGGUCGCACGAAAGCCUCCUCGGCCACUGUGGAGGAAUCUGCGGUCGCUCCACCUGUAGAUCCCGGUAUUACACAAGUGGAUGGAGAUCCAGCUAUUGCACAAUGCGGCUUUUCUAACAUGAGCGACAUGGUCCUUGUAAAGACGGCAGAAGAGAUCCAGAAAGAAGACGUGCACUUGUCCCAUUUGUCCAACUGCAAAGUGCGGUUGUACGGUUCGCCCAGCACGUUGCACCUGAAGCACAUCGACCGCUGCGAGAUCCUCUGCGGGCCCGUGGCCACCUCUGUCUUUGUGGACUUUUGUGAGAGCAGCACCCUAGUUCUAGCAUGCCAGCAGCUGCGCACCCACAACACUCAAGACACCUGCGUCUACCUGCACGUCACUAGCCGCGCCAUCGUGGAGGAUUGUCGCGGCAUCAGCUUCGCGCCAUACUCCUGGUCCUAUCCCAACCUGGAGGAGGACCUCCGCGUAGCCGGACUGGACCCGGAGCGAAACAACUGGGACCAGGUGGAUGACUUCAAUUGGCUUGCCGCGGGGACGCCUUCGCCCAACUGGACAGUUAUUCCGGAAGAGGACCGUAAAACUACCUGGGAUGCUUAAAAUCCCCUCCGUGCCUUGAAAUCACAACUUUACUGUGAUCUGUUAGUGCUUUGGUGUUGGAAUGUAUUAAAAAACAAAACUCCUGUAAUAAAACACGUGAUUAUUUAAUAAACUGAAUGAAUGCGUAACCUGAAUUACUUUUGGGGGGUCUUAUUUUAAAGUAGAAAUUUUGAAAGUUAUAGCUUCAUUUCAAAAUGAUGAACUAGUGUGGUAUUCAAAGGACGGACAACACCAAGUAUAAAUGGGCAGUAUUUAAGUAUGCAAAUAGUGAACUUCUUAGACAUAAUAAACACAAAAUUACACCGCUUAUGAGUACAGCUGUGCCAUAUGUGAUACCCAUGCAUGUAAGCACUGAUAGACUUGAACGCACACAGGUGACUGGCAUAAUGGGUAAUACUGGUGUAUGAGGGAGGGCAGGCAAUCUGGGGUACUUGUAUUUAUUUUGCUAAAGAACUAAUGGCAUUGAUAAAAUGUCUGCCUGUUUUCUCCACUAUUACAUAUCAAAAAAUGAAAUUGUUUUUUCAAUUUGGAUUCUUUCCACUAAGAUGCACUUGAUGAAGGUGUCUUACUUAAAUUGUAAAUAUAUAUAUUUUUAAUGACAGUGUACUUCAGUACAUAUAAAUUAGGUUAUUUAUAGCUACAAGUAUUCAAUGAUUGAAUAAACUAUUUCUCAUAUAACGUGAUUAUGAUUCACUGUGCAUGUUUGCCCAUACCAUUGCAUAGAAAAAUGUUGGUCAUUGUUUUCCAAAGUAAAAUCUGUUUU